UUUUCUCCUGCACCUAACGUUUCAUGUAUAAAUACAAUGCAUGGAAGCCUAACACAGCAAAUCUCAAAACUAUGAUCAGCAAUCAAAAUGCCCCCCUUAGCUCCUUCUCUAAAAUCCUAUACUCUCUAUAUCAAACCCCACAUAGACUGAAAAAAAGAAUGCUAGUCACUUACACGCCAGACCAAGAACUCAACCCAGUGAGGCAGAGAUCAGGAUCAGACAUGAAGAGGAAGCUCGAGUGGUAUGACCUGAUUGCCCUUGGCGUCGGAGGAAUGCUUGGUGCUGGAGUUUUCGUGACAACCGGCCACGUUGCUCAUGAGAUCUCAGGGCCCGCGGUGUUCGUUUCUUAUAUCAUCGCGGGAGUAUCGGCGUUUCUUUCUUCGCUGUGCUACACCGAGUUCUCUGUUGAAAUCCCCGUCGCUGGUGGUGCUUUUAGCUAUCUCAGGGUUACUUUCGGGGAGUUUGUGGGGUAUUUCGGAGGAGCAAAUUUGUUGUUGGAGUAUGUUCUGUCGAAUGCUGCGGUUGCUAGGAGCUUCACAGAGUACUUGAGCUCUACUUUUGGCCAAGAUGAUCCUGAUUCAUGGAGAGUAGCAGUGGGUGGUUUGGCUGAGGGAUAUAACACUUUGGAUUUCCCUGCAGUUGUCCUUGUUCUUCUUCUAACACUUUGCUUGUGUCGUAGCACGAAGGGGAGCUCCAUGCUUAAUCUCGUGAUGACAGUAUUCCAUUUGAUCUUCUUCGCUUUCGUUAUCGCCGCUGGUUUCUGUAACGGGAGCCCGAGGAAUUUGGUUGAGCCGAAAGGUCUAACUCCUUUCGGGGUGAGAGGCGUUCUCGAUGGAGCGGCGAUAGUAUACUUCAGCUAUAUCGGGUCAACGGUGGCCGAAGAGAUAAGGAGCCCAUCGAAGAGUCUUCCCAUUGGCAUCGCUGGAUCUGUCCUCAUCGUUUCCUCCCUUUAUUGUCUCAUGGCGUUGGCUUUAUCCUCCAUGGUUCCCUACAACGAGAUAUCGAAGAGCGCAUCCUUCGCCUCAGCAUUCCAGAGGACUACAGGAUGGAAGUGGGCGAGCAGCGUCGUAGGAGCUGGGGCGAGCUUGGGCAUCGUCGCGUCGCUCCUCGUCGCGAUGCUAGGCCAAGCUCGGUACCUGUGUGUCAUAGGCAGGGCAAGGCUCGUCCCUCUCUGGCUAGCCAAGGUGCACCCUUCAACUGGGACUCCUUUGAAUGCAACCAUUUUCUUGGGUAUAUGCACCGCGUCGAUUGCACUCUUCACCGAACUUGACAUUGUUCUUGAAAUGAUCUCCAUCGGCACUCUCCUCGUGUUCUACAUGGUCGCUAACGCGCUCAUAUAUCAUCGAUACGUGAAGCUAAGCACAAACCGCCCGCACCCUACUCUUAUAUACCUCCUCCUCUUCACAUCAACCUCCCUUGGGUUCUCACUAUCAUGGAAGCUCGACGAAAGAUACUAUUGGACUCUGGCAUUUUUCGGUGGAGCUCUGAUCGCCAUUACGCUCUUCUUUCAAUACAGAGCGCCUUGUCACCGAGGACUCUCAGAGUGGUCGGUGCCAUUGAUGCCCUGGCCCGCGUCAGGGUCGAUAUUUCUCAAUGUGUUUCUUAUGACUACACUUAAGAAGAGGUCUUUUCUGAGGUUUGGAGUGUGGAGUUGUGUGAUUGUGUUGUUCUAUUUGUUAUAUGGAGUCCACUCUACUUUUAAUGCGGAAGAGAAGGAUAUAGAGGAGAAUCAUGGAGAAGGAAAUGAAGUGACUCAGAGGAACAAAGUUGAAGUGGAGAUGAUUUAGUUGUCUCUAGAAAUAGAACAUUGCUGCCUUUUUUUUUUUUUUUAAUUUUGAGCUUUACAUGUAUGAUUGUUGUUGGAUCUCUCAA